AUGGCAUCUAGUGUAUACGACUUCUUCACAAAUGAAAUCUCACUAGACCCUGCUGUUGCAGCCAACCCCAAAGAUGAGCUUUAUUCUCUCUGUGAUGAUCCUAUGACAGAACCAAUGAAGAUAAUUAAUGAGAACUUGAAGUUUGAGGACAGCCAAAGGCUGCGUGGCUGUUUCAUCGAGAACUCUGGGUUCCUCGUUGUCGGGGUCAUUGGCCUCCAGGGCGUCGGCAAGUCCUCCGUAGCUAACUUGUUAGCAAACCGAUUGAUCGAGGGGCCUCCGUUUGAGAGUCCCUUUCCAGUGCAGACACUAGACUCUCUUGUCGAAGGUUACCCCAAAACUACAGCAGGUGUAGAUAUGUAUAUUACGCAGGACCGCAUCAUCAUCCUUGAUACUCAGCCAAUUCUCGAUUGGUCUCUCACUGACCUCCACAUACAACAUAAUCUCCGCACUCAAAAGCAGCGUCAGCAACGAGAGGAACACCAGGAAGUGGUGGAAGUCACUGGAGGCUCCUCGACUUCGGGGAAGUGGUCAGUUGACGGUUUCGCCGAGAUCACUUCCCUCCAGCUAAUUUCUUUUCUCGUGAGUGUAUGCCACGUGGUCGUGUGCGUGCAAGAUAAUCUCAGUAACCCCUCCAUUCUGCGUCUGAUCGAUCGCGCCUUCGGCUGGAAGCCCCUGAUCCUGAUUGACGAUAUUGUCACCACUCCCAGCUUCGGUGGGAACCAGUCUAUCUUGAAAGGCAGCCGGAGGCAUCCUCUUCCAAUGGCAGUGACAGUGACGGCGGAGUCCGAGGUAGUGGAUGCCAAGCUAACGAAGCCAGAGGUCACGGUGAUGGAGGAGGAGGAGGCAGAAGCGGUAGUGGAGGAGGAAGAAGAGGAAGGUGGUGUGGCGUGUGAAAAUGAGGCGCCCGAAUCGAACGAAACAGGUCUCGGUCAGACGCCCACUACAGCCCCUAAAGUAUGCACCUCGUCUGACGCUGACGUGGUCGCUGCCGCAUCUGCCUCGCCAACGGAGAUGGGUGCCGUCGAAGAGGUGGCGGAACAGGCAGAGGUGCGGGACUUUGUCAAUCAAUUACUGCGGCUAACUGACUACACGGCCAGUUUGGUGCAUGUCUACAACUGUGCACCUGUAAAAGCCUUCGUGAAUCCUCGCAUUGCUGACGAUCGUUUGUCGGCGUAUCGACGUCUCCUCACCCAAGCAUUCCCUUCGCGCCUUCAACUGGCCUCGUUGGUGAAAAUGGGUCCGCACGUUCUCCAGCGUCACAUACUUUCUCGACAGAAGCGUCUUCGUGAACAGAAGCAACAAGCAGCGGCCGCCGCAACUACUACAACCAAUGUAGAUAUUGAUGGUGAGAUACAAAUGAUAUCAGCGCUCAAUUUGACAGAGGAGCAGAACAGGCGUGGAAUACCUGCAAUGAAAAGCGAAGCGUCCAUGGAAGCAACAGAGGCAGAAAUAGUAGCAGAAUGCUGCGAGGAGUUAGAAAUGGUGGCUAAGGGGACGCGGAAUCUACGGAAAGGCGUGGGAAGAUCCUGUGUCAAUACCACUGUCGCGCCUAUCGCAGCGUCGAUUUCUAGAGCAGUGCCGAAGCGCACCGCAGGGAAGGUUUUCAAUGGUGAGGACCGAGUGGCAGCUCUCAAAGAUUUCUCACGGCGCAUCACGGAGGGCCGAAAGAUUCACCUUGAGCCUUCUGCGUCGAUCUCUUCGCCUCGUCUCUUCCUCCUACCUGCAACCAACGAAAAGGGUGAGGUUGCGUUUGGUAGCCCAACUUACAUGCAGUGCGCUCACCUGCUCCAGGAGGCCAUUCUCUCCACUCCAAGGCGCCACCCCGCACCCUCUCACGCGAACAUGACGGAGCUCCAGUGGUUCGAGUUCGCCCGACAGACUUGGAACAGCCUCGCCCCCACCAGCUCCUCGUCUUCCUCCUCCUCCUCCUACCUCAGCGACUAUCACCGUCUCCUUGUUAGCAACUCUCUCUGA